AUGUCUUCGUCUGCAAUUUACAUACUUGAUCUCAAAGGAAAGGUGAUCAUCUCAAGAAACUAUCGUGGUGAUGUGGAUAUGAGUGUUAUCGAUAAGUUUAUGCCGUUGCUAAUGGAACGAGAAGAGGACGGGCGACAGAGUCCGAUAUUGGACCAUCAAGAUGCAACGUUCAUCUACAUCAAACACUCGAAUUUGUACUUCGUCUCAACGUCAAGAAAGAAUGUCAACGUCGCAUUGGUGUUAUCGUUUUUGUACAGAUGUGUGGAUGUGUUCGGUGAUUAUUUCAAGGAUGUUGAGGAGGAAUCAGUACGUGAUAAUUUUGUGAUUAUUUAUGAAUUAUUGGAUGAAAUGAUGGAUUUUGGCUAUCCGCAGACGACCGAGGGAAAGAUUCUUCAAGAAUUCAUCACUCAAGAAGGACACAAACUCGAAGUUGCCCCACGUCCACCGAUGGCCGUCACAAAUGCGGUCUCGUGGAGAUCUGAGGGUAUCAAAUAUCGCAAAAAUGAAGUGUUUUUGGAUGUGAUCGAGUCUGUGAAUAUGUUGGCGAAUGCAAAUGGUAACGUGCUACAAAGUGAAAUAGUCGGGAGUGUUAAAAUGCGAGUAUAUUUAACGGGUAUGCCAGAGCUGAGAUUGGGUCUCAACGAUAAGGUGCUCUUCGAGAGUAGUGGAAGUUAG